AUGCGUGUUUCUGAUCGCCAUGUGUCUCUUGCUGUGGUGCUGUUAUGCACGUUAUGGUAUUCGAUCAGUUCGACUAGCAAUGUACUGAACAAGACGAUUCUGCAGGUGUUCCCCUUUCCGUUAACGCUAGCCAUGUCCAACAUCUGCGCCACGGCGCUCUAUUCGAUUCCGUUGGCAUGGACGCAACGGACUAACCUGCUGAACGUCAGGCAUACGGUCGGCGCCCCUUGGAAGUUGCUGUUCUCCUUGGCGUUCGGCAAACUGAUCGCCGUUUCGUCGUCCUUCAUCAGCCUAUCUAAAGUGCCUGUAUCCUAUGCUCAUACCGUGAAAGCCACAAUGCCGUUGUUUGCAGUCGUAUGUUCGAAGAUCUUCCUUAACGAAAGACAGACUACUUUAAUGUUUCAGGUGUACCUCUCUCUGAUCCCUAUUGUCUCAGGUGUCGUCGUCGCGUCGUUGUCCGAACUGUCUUUCAACACCGCCGGUCUGCUCAGCGCCCUGGGCUCAACGUUUGCCUAUGCACUGAUGAACACGUUCGUCAAAAAGAUUCUUCAGGAAACUGGUAUGCAUCACACAGUGCUUCUGGCAAUGAUCGCGCAGAUCUCCUGUCUGCUUCUGCUGCCAUUGUGGCUAAUCAACGACGUACAGUCUUUCAGCGACAUGGAGGAGAGUCAACGCAUGACUUUCAGAAUAUUCGCCCUGUUGUGUGCGUCAGGGUUCCUAAAUUUUGCGCAAAACGUGUGUACCUUCUCUUUGAUACAUAAACUGUCGGCGCUGAGCUACGCGGUGGUGAACGCGGCUAAGCGAAUUACGGUCAUCACCGUCUCGUUGCUCACUCUUAGGAAUCCGGUGACGCCGGUGAAUGUGUUCGGCAUGUGCUUAGCGAUCUUCGGCGUUUUCGCCUACAACAGGGCAAAACAAAUCAAGCGUUCCAGUUAUCCAUUUAUUCUGCAAAUGGAUGACCCGUUUUUUGCGGAAAAAAUGUACUUUCCAUUUUCCUCUCCAAUUUUGCCUCUGGCGUUGAACUCUCGUAACCUUUCAGCUAGCAAGUACUCUAACAUGAACGGCUACUUGCAUCCUUCUCCUAGUUCGGUUGAUCUGCUGUAG